AUGAAUACACUACAGGCUUACAGAUCACCGUAUCGUCUUUAUCGACCGUAUCAAUUUGAAAUUCCACAAACAGCAACCAUUCCAAGCAAUUCAACAGCUCUCUAUCGUACACCAAAUAUUGAUAUAUUAUCAGAAAUUAAUCGACGAUCAAGACGACUUGAACGUAUUGUAUCUUAUCAAAAAAUUUUAACAAUUACUCAGAUAUGUGAAAUAUUUCAACCAACACUUUUUGCUACAGCUGCAUUUAUAACACUUUAUUGCGUUUUGCGACCAACGAAAAGUACCUCACAAAUUGCUAUCGCAUCACUUGUCGCAACAUUAGUACCAUUAUUCAUGUUUCCUACUCGAUCACCCUUUGUGCUCAAUGCAAUUGAAGCAGUACGUUUGAGUCGAUUGAUAGAUCGUCGUCCAUCGAUAGUGACCGAUGGAAUGUAUUCUCAAAUUUCAUCAGUAUCAGAUGGUUUAGAUAAUUUCGAACAGCUACAACGAUUAGCGCAAUUACCCAUUCUUACAAUUUCCAAAAAUGUUGCAGCAGAGGAUUGGAAGUCAUCUUCGACACUUUCAUCAGCUGCGCCUUCCGUUCCCUCCUCAUCCAUUUACGCAAUUCAACAACUGCUCAGUUUGCAAUAUUUACUAAUCGCUUAUGCAUUCUUCUCAUUUGCUUAUUCUGUUCUGUUAGUUUUGAUGCUCAUUUCCUAUGUUCAACUUAUUCAAUUACAGUAA